GCAAAAAACAAAAUCAUUCACUCUCACUGCUCAACUAGCUCCGGCGAGGGAAACUGCAGCCGGAAUCACAAAACAACAAUGACGACUCCUACACUUCCGUCGAUAACCCUCCUACUCUUCCUACUUCCCCACUUGUUAUCCGUCUCAGCAACUGCUCCGGCGUCACAGUCCCCCACCGUCAUCAUCGUCGGAGCCGGAAUGUCAGGAAUUUCGGCGGCGAAGACUCUUCACGAUGCCGGGAUAACAGACAUUCUAAUCCUGGAAGCGACGUCGAAGGUCGGCGGGCGGAUGAGGAAGGCGGAGAUCGGCGGCAACACGGUGGAGCUCGGUGCGAACUGGUACCAAGGCGGCGGCCCUGUUACCAAUCCCGUGCUGGAAAUCGCCAGCAAGUUGAAUCUCAGAUACACCGUCACUGACACGGGCAACAUCACCGCCAACACCUACAAACAACGAGGGGGGUUGUACCCAAAGGAAAUCGUUGAAGAAGCUCACAAUGCAUCGGUUGGGAGGACUAAUUUCUGCAACGACUUCAGUGAGACCCUGAAUUCGGACGCGGUUGAUGAGGAUGAUAUCUCCAUUUUGGCGGCUCACCGCUUGUUGGGAAAGCUUCCGUCGACUCCAUUGGAAAGGGCGGUAGAUUACUUGAACGAUGAACUAGCAGAUGGAGAGCCGCCGCAAGUGACGAGCUUGAAGAACGUUUAUCCCAGAAGGGAAGGUAUUGACCACGGCCCUGUGGCUCACUUUGUGGCGGAUCCCAGAGGCUAUGAGGUUGUGCCUCAGUACCUCGGGAAGCAAUUCCUUUCCUCCCUCACUAACGAUCCCCGCCUCCAGUUCAACAAGGUGGUGAGAGAAAUCAGCUACACAGAUAGUGGAGUGGAAGUCAAGACUGAAGAUGGGUCGAGUUAUCAAGCAAAGUUCGUCAUUGUUUCUGCAAGCAUCGGAGUGCUACAGAGUGACCUCAUUGAAUUCAAGCCAAAGCUGCCUAUGUGGAAGAGACUUGCGAUAGCCGACUUCAGCAUGGCAGUCUACUCGAAGAUAUUCCUGAAAUUUCCUUACAAGUUCUGGCCAACUGGGCCGGGAACGGAGUUCUCCCUCUACACCCAUACCCAGCGUGGUUACUAUCCAGUUUGGCAGCAUCUAGAGAACGAGUAUCCAGGAUCAAACAUGCUGAUGGUGACGGUAACAUACAACGAGGCCAAGCGGAUGGAGCAACUAUCAGAUGAAGAGAUUCAGGCCGAGGCAAUGGACGUGCUGAGAAACAUGUUUGGCGAGCACAUCCCGGAGCCUGAGAGCAUGCUGACACACAGGUGGUGGUCAGACAGGUUCUUCAAGGGAAGCCAUUCGAACUGGCCCCAUGGCUAUAGCCAAGAACGCCAUAACAAACUCGGGGCUUCAGUUGGUCCCAUUUACUUCACCGGCGAGCACAUCCACAAGAACUACUUUGGGUGGGUUACAGGGGCUUAUCUUGCAGGGAUUGACACUGCCAAGGAUUUGGUGAAGCAACUCGGCAAGGCUAAUCGCGGUGUAUCAGAUGCUUAGUGCGCGAUCAAUGCGUUUGAGCGAGAGACUGGUUGGGAAUGAAUGCAUGGCAAUGGUUUGACUUGUGUCGCUCUGGAUAAUAAUGUUACAUCACAUCAUUGGCUGACUGGGCGAUUGGAAGCUGAGCAUUUUUCAGUAAGGUUUGCGAUUGCUUGAUAUUGAGAGAUUAGCCGUGCUUGUUGUUGUAAGUGUAUGUGAACUUCUUCCUGAGAAACCCUUUUCGAAUAAGUGGAUGUAAUAUCUAAGCCCUAUCUGUAUGAGGAUUAGUGAUAUGGCUGGUGAACUUUUGCUGUGCAGGCUAGUAAGUUACCGUGUUUCUGAGAAACGUGUUUCGUUAAUUACCGUGUUUGCUUCUCAAACAGGCGUGUAAAUUUGGACGAUAGUCUGUAUUGAUGGCGGUGGGGAAAGUCUCUGACACAAGUUGAGUAUUCUAGUGUUAUCUGAAGUUUGAUGUAUGCAAUGGGUUGUGUCUAAGGUUG